ACAGCAGGCCUUAACUGGAAACAAGCCCAUCGACCAGGCUCCACUAACAGAGCUGGAGCAGCGUGUGGUUGCUAUUAUUGGCAGCCACUAUAUAGAGGGCCAUCAAUCCGUGGCAGAAAAUGUGCCAAUGGAAGAGGAGCUUCAAUUGUACCUUGAGGACGGGGAAGAAAUUAUUGAGAGAAUAUCUCCAGAGUCCUACGUUGAAGCCACUUACGAAGCUACUUGCGACACCCCUACAACUCCUGCGCAGAAAACACCGCGCAGGAGUUUGAAGAGAAAGAGGGAGGAGGAUGAGAGCGAAGUCCAGAAGAAAUUUCUGGACAUCGCUCAAACCCAGGCAGAUUCUAUGAAGAUGCUGGCCGAAAGUUUUACCCGGCUGGUAGAGGCGCAAGUUUCCUUUGGGAAUCGGCUGCAAGCCUUUGGGGAGGGUAUGACGGUCUGCGCCGAAGCCAUUAAUAAUUUGGCCAGGGCACUCGGCCCCCAGUGAAAUAUUUUUUAUUUGAUUUUUUAAAGUAACUUUGAAAUGAACUAAUUUAUUUAAAAUGAACUAUUUUUUAUUUUUAUUUAAUUUGACUUUUCCGCAAAAGACUUCGUACCUUUAAAUGAAUUAAUUACUAUUUUUUAAUAUAUUA